UGCGCAAAGGACAGCGGGAAAUUCUUUUUCGCGGCAUUUUUACUAUGACAACAUUUGCCAUUGUUGAAAGCAGCUGUGUCUCUCCCUGCAAAAAGCCCAAGAUAAUGCCUUCAAAUAAGAUAAUACUCCGGUUUGCAAAGCUGACUGAAAACGCUAUUGCACCAACCAAAGGCUCUCAUUUGGCAGCUGGUUAUGAUUUAUACAGUGCUUACGAUUAUGAAGUUCCAUCUAAAGGGAAGGUUCUUGCAAAAACUGAUAUCCAAAUAGCUGUUCCUGAUGGAUGCUAUGGAAGAGUAGCACCAAGAUCUGGUCUGGCUUUAAAGAACUUCAUAGAUGUUGGUGCCGGUGUGAUUGAUGAGGACUAUAGAGGCAAUGUAGGGGUGUUAUUGUUUAAUUUUGGGGAGCAGCCAUUUAAAGUUAAUAAGGGAGACAGGAUUGCACAAUUGAUAUGUGAGAGGAUAUAUUUACCAGAUAUUGAACAAGUUGAGAAAUUAGAUGACACUGCAAGAGGAGAAGGUGGCUUUGGCUCAACUGGUAUUGGACAGAAUGGAACUAAGAAUUCAUAGCUUUAAGUUCACUUGUUGGGGAUCUCCCCAGACUGUUCUUUUAUCAAAAUACUGCCGGUUUGAAAAACUUAAGCCAAUAAGGUCCCUCAGUGGAUCAGAUGUUAGUGGCCUGAUAAGGGCCAAUUAAGUAGAAUCU